CCGGUGGAUUAAGAUUUGGGUGGAAUAGGAUUUGGAUUGGGUCCAUAGAACAUACAAUACAAAAUACAGACACGAUGACCACGUUGAGACCCUUCACCUGCGACGACCUCUUCAAGUUCAACAAUGUAAACUUUGACCCACUUACGGAGACCUACGGGCUGUCCUUCUACACCCAGUACCUGGCCAAGUGGCCGGAGUACUUCCAGCUGGCGGAGUCCCCCAGCGGUCACAUAAUGGGCUACAUCAUGGGCAAGGUGGAGGGCCACCUGGACAACUGGCACGGACACGUGACGGCGCUGACGGUCUCGCCCGACUACCGGCGACUCGGCCUGGCCGCGCUUCUCAUGAGCUUCCUGGAGGACAUUUCGGAAAAGAAGCGGGCAUACUUCGUGGAUCUGUUUGUACGGAAGAGCAACCAGGUGGCGAUCAACAUGUACACCAACCUCGGCUACAUCAUCUACCGGACCAUACUCGAGUACUACUCCGGUGACCAGGAUGAGGAUGCGUACGACAUGAGAAAGGCCUUGUCGAGGGACGUGAACAAGAAGUCGGUCAUACCGUACACGCAGCCUAUUUCUUAAGCCGAUGCGUAAAUAACCGUAUUUCAAAGAUUGUUCCACAGUUCUGAAGAUCACCAUGCGCGAGCUGCGCAGACAAAUGCGACACGAUCACUAGAUGGAACUAUCCCCGGCAGACUUAUAAGCAUAACGACCCUAGAAGUACUUUAUCGGCCUGCCGAUCCCCAAUAACUAAUGUGUUACGUAGAAA